AUGAAUCCCCUUGGGACCGAGGUUCCCGGUCGUCGUAGCCUUUUAAAUGGAUUGGUGACAGCUGCCACAAGAUCUUUGCGAAAUGGUUUUCAGUCUAACGGGCACAAUUCUAGUUCUUUGGUAUUUCCAACUAUUUCUACGUCAGUUAAUAAUAGUUCAACUUGUCGCACCCCUACCACAGAUAACGCUAACAUAACUGAGGAACAAAGAAGGUGGCAACAGCGGCAAGAAGAACACCGGCUCAACCUCCUCUGGUACGGCGGAGAUGAAAUGCAGCAUUCGCAACAGUCACCAGCUGUUCUUUUUGAAUUACACAACCGUUAUCAGUCACCAGAUGACUGGGAAAAACAACCGCUACGACAACGGCGACGUAAGUCUCAACAAUCGCAACAUCAAGGGAUUAAUAAAAAACGAUCAGCGUUACCAACAUCACCGAUUGUAUGGGCCGUCCUGUUACAUACCAUAUAUUCAGCUGCUAUGGCCGCAGUAUAUUAUAUAUAUGGCGUGACAUCUGGUAGCGGAUGGAUAUGGUUAAAAGAAGUCGACAGCAGCAGUCUAUUUAAAUGGUUAUGCCAGCUACCACCGAUGUGGUAUUUUGUUGGACAAGCUUUUUGUGCAGUCACCAUUGGUUAUGUUUGGUAUCAGUGGCAAAAACGGGAAAAGUGGUGUUGCUACAUGUUAAUUGCACUAUUUAUCACCGCAAUUUUUCCGUCUGUACCACUAGCCGAAGUCUUCGGAAAUAAAUUCGUGAAUAAAAUGACAGAAGUUCCCGCGGAAAACUCUGCUGAAAGACGGAACUAUUAUAAUUCAGAAAGUUUUUAUGAAAAUCAAUUAGCACUUUACGAAGGCUUAUGGCACGUGUCAUUUUUUAUAUUCGUAUCAUACUGCCUGGUGUUGCCAAUAAGUGUAGGACAAUCAGAUAACGAGUACAGCGAAACUAUUAAUGGACAUAAUGAUAUCCAAAAAAAUAUUGAAGAUAAUUUCAAAGAAGACCGCCACAUUUCAACCGCCGUUUUGCUGUUUGCUAUCGUAGCUUCUAUCGGACACACAACCUUUAAUAUGUACAUCGCAUAUCUUCAACACAAACGUCUGGUCAACCAUCCGUCCAUGGCGGCUAUUCAACAGCUAAUAGCUAACGUAGUAGUUCUCGCAUGCGUCAACCUGGCUGGAUGGUUACUGCGUCAGUCGAUAAUCCAGGACCGUAUAGAAAUUAGAAGUCACGAAGGCAACAGCAUAUUUGAUGGGAAACACAAAUAUCUUCGAGCAGCAUUGCGCCGGCAAGCUGACAAGCUGAAUCAACUCCUAACAUCCUUGCUACCCAGGCGCGUGUUUUUGGAAAUGAAACACGACAUAGUUGCCGAUGCAGCACGUUACUUUAACGUAAUUCGCAGUUCUAAUGACAAUAGCCACCGAGACGAUGUGCAACUACAUAGGCAUCAGGAGGAAAUAUUGUUAAAAAUAGAUAAUAUGCCGAAAAUGUAUUUAAAAGAAUACGAAAAUGUAAGUGUUGUGUUUGCUAAUGUCACCGGAUUUUGGGAUAAUGCGCCACUAGUUGUGAGCCAUGAUAAUUCUGGCCCCCAAACUUCCAUGCAGCUCAUUACACUUAUUGAUCGAUUGCUGGCGAAUCUAUUUCGUAAACUGGCAUAUCGCAAUCGUUGCCUCCCAAUACGUCUGCUUGGCCACCGUAUGUAUUUCAUUGCUGGGUUGCCGGAUGAAGAAAGCUAUGGAUAUGACGAUGAUGGACACAAGAACGGUACUUGGAUGAUGAAUGACAAUGGACACGCAAGAAAUGCUAUCCAAAUGGGAUUGGAUUUAAUCGAUGCUGUUAAUACCGUAGUUCGUGAUGUAAGCCGGUUCCACAACAGACACAAAAUCAAUCUUAAUGUUCGUGUGGGCGUUCAUUCAGGCCGAGUAGCGUGUGGUGUGCUAGGUUUCACUGGAGGUACAGGCAUCCCAUCUGACUCGGGUAGCCGUUGGCAAUAUAGUGCUUGGGGCCGUGACGUUCACGUAGCGUCAUACAUUGAGAACUGUGGUCGUUCAGGAAUGGUGCAUGUAAGUCGUGCCACGGUCAAUCAGGUUACUAAGAAAGGAGUUGCUGAUACUGCAGUUAAUAGAGUAAAUCAUCUGCCACCGGGAGUGAAACUCCGUAACAAUACAAUCAACAAUCAAACCGAUUCCAAAGACAACUUAGAUGACUACUCAUUUGAACGUAGUCGUGAAGAAGAAAGGAACCAGUUUCUCCGCCACAACCGAAUCGAUACAUAUUUUGUAAUUCCCAAAACAGUAUAUCCUCAUUCAGAAAGUACUGAAGAGUUGACAGAUAACUUUACAAUGUAUGAGAACGGUAGCAGAGAUAUUGUUUCGCUGAUUCUCCAAUCAGUAGAUCAGCAACUACUAAGAGAGGAAAUGAGACAAAAAUAUGCUGUCGCUGGGUUAAGGCCUGAAACAGAGAUGGAGUCAGAACAAUUGCCAGCUAUUUCAACAACAGCAAUUGCGGACAUACCUGUGACAAUGGCUGCUUUGGUUCCUGUAGUUCCUAUAGCCUCAGUAAUGAAAAGGAACCGGCAUAGACGGAGUAGAUAUUUUGAUCAAGAGUCACAACAGGCAGCUUCUACAAAUAUCAAUACCAAUUGCGCUAUCACAUCAUCAAUGGAGCGUUAUGGCCGGUGGGAAAACGAUGUAUUUGUAGUUUGUAACAACGAUGAUCACGAGAAGGUAAGAAGUAAAUCCGAUGACGAUGAUCUCUUUCGGAUAGCCAAGUCACAGUUACUACUUCUGUGUGUAAUUAUUACCCUGUUUGUGGUUAACGUAACAACUAUGCCCUGGACUAUGUUACUCGGCAUUACAUUUAUUACACCGUUUGUUAUAACUGCCGGAGAACUAAUCUAUGUGAUGGCCUUGUUGAUCGACUGGAUUCCUCGUCCCAGGUUCUACAGCACUACUUACGCCACCGCCAUUAUUGCUGAUGAUGACGAAUAUUAUCAUCACUAUGAUAACAAUGAUAGUGAUACUAGUAGCAGCAGUAAUGGAGAUGAUAAAAAAUGCUUAAGACGCUUUUUUGCCUGUCAUCCCGGUAGAUAUUCAUUGUUCGCCUGGCUAUUGAAAUCAUUUCAAUGUAGAACAAAUACCGCGAUGACCACUCGUAACCAUUUAGACAAUGGUGACGGUUGGAGAAAAUGUUAUUUUAAAUGGUGUCGUUGUUACGGCCGCCAUAGCUGGUUCACCUGUUGUUUAAAUAAUCAAAGAGCAUCGUCUUGCAUGUCGUCUGACGACAGUGACAUUGAGAGCAGACUCGGAUUUCGAAACGAAAAUGCCAUAAUGGCAGCAACAACAAGAACGUCUCCUCCACGGCAGCAAAUCCGUAUACAACACUCACAACCAAUUAACAUGAAUAACAGCUACAACAAUAAUCUACUACGUCGGCGACACAGACAUCUAAAACGGAUAUAUCAAGAAGAAGAGAGACGUACCUACUUUUAUUGGACAUGUGCCUGCUGUGAAUUAAUCGUUGUAUUGCUCAUUUGUCUUUUGGCUUUGUUAAACGCUUUUACGUGCGAACCAGUUGAUAUAACUGCAACAAACACCAUAUACGAUCAACUUCAUACUCACAACACUAUUAUGAAUGGUAGUGGUGGAUUCAACACUCCUACAGUUAAUACAACACAACUACAUCGAAAUCCAUUGACGUGUAUGUGGCCUCAGUAUGCCGUUCUCACGUGCUGCUUAGUGUACGUUUCAAUAGCUAUUGCGUUUCCCAUUUAUUAUGGUUCACUGCCAACACUGCGGAUGAAAAUCGGAAUAUUGCUCGUCAUGACUUGCGUAUUUGCCGUGGCUUUUGUUCACUUUACGCACAAGCACGUGUUUAUUGCUGCCUCAAUGUCUUCUCCAACACCUUUGGUCUAUAGCAAGUCUGAUGAGUUCCAAAAUCAUCGAACAAACAACACUUUCACUAUAAAUUACAAUGACCAUCGUGAAAUAAUCAACGCUCCAGUCCAUAGUGAUGGCUACCGAGAAAACCAACGAUUAUUAAAACUACAAGAUCAAGAACAGCAGCAAGCAGCUGGCUUAAACACUGCCACGGCUACGGUUUACGCGAUUUCAUUCGCCAUAGCCACGCUUGCCUGCUUCGUGUACAAACAUCGCUUACAAGAUCGACGAGCACAUCACAGGGUUAAGGUGGAUCGUGACUUGAGACGGUUGCGUGUGUUGCGCGAAGCCCACAGGCGCACUUUGCAUGCCAUCGUACCGGACCACGUGGCAACUUUAUUGCGACGAAGCUGCAGUAAUGAUGCUAAUGAUGCUGACGAUGAAUGUGAAAGAACUCAGCACCAACAAAACUAUGGUUUUGGAGAAACUAGACCGAUACGAACCACUCAUCAAAGUCAAGAACACAUGCCUGCAUACUUGGCACCACCGCUCUAUCAAUGUGGGUACCGAUCCAUAGUUAUCAUGUUUGCGACGAUUGUACAACAAGAACAAUCAUUGCCGACCAACAUUAACCGUGGUGAAAAAAACGAUGCCAUCAGUCAUCACUGUCAUAAACAGCUAGCACUACUUCACAACAUAUUCAGCGAAUUUGAUAGACUUCUUGAUAAUCAAAAGUACCGAGGAUUAAUAGAAAAAAUAAAAAUGUUGGGAACUAACACAUACAUGGCAGCUGUUGGUCUACAACAUAAUGAUGGACCAAAGCGUCGACAAGUCAUGCUGCUGAAAGAUAUGAAAGAGAGAUGCGAUGAAUCUUGCAACUUUGACGGACAAGAAACAAAAAAUUACAUUGAAAAUUACCAUGUCAGAGAUGAUGUUGACAAUGAUCUAGAAAAUGAAUAUGAAUUAUAUAAUAUCAUAUCAGCAAAUUAUAUAACAUUUGCUUUAGAUUUCAUUCGGGAAAUGCGUCGUGCACUGCAUCGUCAGCAAACGGAGAUGGUGACUCCUGUUGGUAGCUCAAAUAACUCGCAGCCAACACAAUUUGUUCUUCGAGUUGGAGUAAACGUUGGACCUGCUGUAGCUGGAUUAAUCGGCUGCAAUGAUAGAAUCUGGAAACGUCCGCAGUUUGACGUAUGGGGUAACACUGUAAACGAGGCUAGACAGAUGGACAUCACUAGUAUACCAGGUAGAACGCAAGUUACUAGUUGCGUUGUCGACAUAAUGCAAUUGGUGCAUUAUCCAAAUCCAAAGUAUGAGUUCGAAACCCAAACCAAGAUGAUAAACAAAGACAAAAGGAUACCUACGUAUUUUGUUCGUGAAAGUUUUGAAAGAGAUGAUGAACACAACUCAGUUCAACGAAAACCUUCUAACUACCAUAUUCCACAGCUGCGCCAAAAUUCUCCCUAUCAAUAUGAGUCAGACCGACCACAUCAGCAGAACAAACAACAAACCCCCAUUCGACCGUCACAGAACGUCCUCCGCACGACACCUCUGCACUUGGCACGUGACCAGCCACCACUCAAUGUAGUACCGCUUGUCAACAUCCACUCGAAGCACUCCCACUACAAUUCUAUGAUACAACAGGAUUCGCGACAAAAAUGUUUGGAACCACAAAAAACAACACCACCGCCACCACCACCACCACGAAGUCCACCACCAGUUACAACACGGCGGACCCAAUAUCCGAUGCAACACCAAUUUAGUGAAGAACGCGAUCGAUAUCCAGAUAUCCAGAAUAGAUCACGAGGUGCCCCCCAAUCACGAUGUGUAUCCAACUCGACUGCAACAACAGCAGCCACAUACGCUCGCCCACUUCAAAAACAACAGCACCCAUCUACUUUGGCGCCAGUGCCCCAUGGUCUCGUUCGAAUUUUUGGUGAUUCACAACAUCUGUCGCCGCCAAACACCCCAACUACUACCGAAGCCAAACCAACCUCUUCUAACCAUUCUACCGGAGGAACAAUUCUUAACACCACUUUGCAUGAUCAUCAACAGCCCCAACCAGUACGUCGACCAAACGUAUUGCUUCUGAAAAAUACAACAUCUGUAUCAACAAAUAAGUUUGACGCCAAUCGUCCUCUACCGGAUCCACCACGCUCCUCCGACACUGUAGCUGGUCGACAUCGAAACCGUGAUGAUCCACGGCGGCGAAGGCGUCGUCAGCACAAUCCACCACCCACAAUGACCAAACAACAGCAGGAAGCCAAACAGGAUAUUAAGAACGACCAUUGUCUGGGUGUGGUCUCCCCGGCCUGGCCGUCGUCGUCUUCGUUCCGUUCACCGAUCAGUGUCGGAAGUUUUGUCAGCGUGUCAUCUCCGCCAUCAUCAUUGUCAUCAUCCAGCUCCACAGAUGCCGGUGGCACUACAACAUCAAAUAACAAUUACAACACCACCACGGCUUCGUCAUCGGACGACAGUUAUGGUUGUACGACUACAGAAGACUGUGCUGGCAUUGAUCGAGUGGAUACUGAAAAUUUAGGCACUGCCGCUUCUUCUGUGGCUAUGUCAUCAGUUCACCAUCGUUAUCGACAACAGCAACAAUUACUGCUUCAUCAGUGGUCUCCGUCAACGACAGCUAAUUCAUCUCCCGUUAGACGAUCGGCGUCUUUCCGCUCACCGUUGUCUGCUGGUGACAAUACCGCUGCAUCGUCAUCAUCAUUGCGAUCUCCACCUAUCGUUGGCCAUACUACCACUACCAACUUUGGAGGAACACAAUCGUUAAACCGCCGCCAUGUACGCUCUGCUAACACCACCACGGGUGCUGGUAGCAGCUCUAGUCGCCGUCGUCGACGCCGACAGCAGCAACAAAACAACACAGCAAUAGCUGGAAAUUCUACACCCCCAGCUGGUGUUAUACCAGAUGUUGUAGGCAUUAUGAACACUACCUCAAAUGUGUCAACUGAAAAGUAUGAGUCAUCGUCAUCAUCGCCAUGGAAAAAACAACAGCAGCGACGACAAGUUACAAGUAAAGAUCAAGGAACAGGUGGUGGAGUGGUGGGCCCAGAUUUUACAGAUGAAAUAAGGCGUAUAUUGUUAUUGGACCAACACCGUGGAAACGUUCGUCAACAGCAGGGAGGACCAUUCAAAGAAGAAGAAAUGCAAGUCAACAAACACAGCACUGACGACAAAGACAGAGUCAAUGAUAAUGUUGCUAAACACUUGCCUUCGUCAGAACAACAGCAUCUUUGUAUUGCAACAGUUGGUACGAUGGAUCGGAAACACGAUAAAGAUGACAAAAAUAAUCAACAAGUCGAGAAAGAUAUUAUAAACAUAGCAGCAAUAUCAGUCCCAACUACUGUAGCUUCGACGACAAGUAUUUCAUCAGCAUCAUUGUUUGAGGAGCGUGAAAGACAAAUAACGGAACAAGUAAAGCGGCAGCAAGCCGAAGUGAGACGGAUACUACAGGAGCAUAAGAACAACGUGGUAGCUGUUGUCAGAGGGCCGGCCACAGUCAUGGCUGAUGCUAUUUCACACAGCCGUAAACGAGUUAUGCCGUUGGCGGUAGAGUCAUCAUGGAGUGACGAUGAAUCGUUAGAACCAUCAUCAUCAUUACUGGAUAACAAACAUCGGCCACAACGAGUCGGUUUCACGGUAGGUUUGAGUGACUAUGAAGCUAACAGCAGCAUCGUGACUGCUGAAACAGAAUACACUACUGGCGGGGAGGGUGAUGAUUAUACAACCGACGGUGACGGAUAUACUACCACUGGAUACACAACAGACGAGGCUGCUGCUCCUGCUGGCCGAGAGACAGAUAUGCCAUAUGCUGCUACAAUAAGUCAACCUGAUGCAUCUAUAGCACGACAACUCGAUGACAACCUAUCAACUUUGAACGACACUGGGCUAACUGACGCUGAAGCUGCGUUAAGUGACGUCAAUUCAAUGAUCGACUACAACGAUUGCAAUGAUAACAACCGUUACAGAGGUCGUCGCCAGAGUAGCUUAAGCAGUAACAGUGUGUGCCCAUAUGCCAGCGAUAGUUUUUGUGAAGAUGAUGACGAUUACAACGAUGAUGGUCAAUAUUUUUUCUGGGAUGGUUACCACGUGCAGAAUGAAAAUGUUGAAUUAGGUGAUGAUGACGAUGACCAUGACAGUCGUUACAACCAUAAUCGGAUUUUGCUACAACAACAGCUGUCUCUUACACAUCCUUCAUCAUCAUCACCACCACGGGCUGAUGGCUGUAGUGGUAUUGAUAAGAAAAGAUCAUACUACCAACAGCAGCUUCAACAAUCAACAACAAUGCAGACCGGUGACUCCGAUACUACAAUAAAUAUCACUCCGAGACCAAUCGCGCCUGAUGCUACUACAGCUAUCACUACUACAAGAUCGGCAACUACCAUUAACCCUUCUUCCAUAGCUAGUAACACCAGUAUUAAUGCAUCUCCUAAUUAUUGUAGCACAGCUACUAAUACACUUAGUUCAAACACUGAACUAGAUGGGCCACUAUCGCCAUCUAAUAUUAUAAAAGAUAUGUCAUAA